AUGUUGAUCUUGGAGGGAGUGUUAGCCAUUGGCGAUAAAACACCUAAUAAGGUUUGUGACAACGAUAGCAAUUUCAGAGGAGGUGAGAAUGAUAUAAAGCUGUUAUUGAAGGCCUGGAAUCAGGGCAAGAUUGCCAAAGCAUUAACGAUUCGAGAAUGCGAUUGGAUCUUCAACCCCCCCCCCCGCUAA